CCUAUUGUGCCAAGCAGGGCGCACUCAGCCCAGCAGCCCCACAGGUGGUACCGGCUCGGUGCGACGAUUCCCGCCAGGCUAGGCAGUGGAGCGCCGCACAGCGCGCCUUCCCGCCUCUCAGCUGCCGCCCCAGCAGUCCCGACCCAGCGCCAGCAGGCCUGCUCGGUCGAUCUUCGAGCGGAAGAUGCGGCGGGGCUGGAAGAUGGCUCUGUCCGGGGGUCUGCGGUGCUGCCGCCGGGUACUUUCCUGGGUGCCAGUGCUUGUUAUCGUCCUCGUCGUGCUCUGGUCCUACUAUGCCUACGUCUUUGAACUCUGCCUGGUAACUGUUUUGAGCCCAGCAGAAAAAGUUAUCUACCUCAUAUUCUACCAUGCCAUCUUUGUGUUCUUUACCUGGACCUACUGGAAGUCUAUUUUUACACUCCCACAACAGCCAAACCAAAAGUUCCACUUGUCCUGUACAGACAAGGAGCGCUAUGAAAACGAAGAGAGACCUGAGGUCCAGAAGCAGAUGCUUGUUGAUAUGGCCAAAAAGCUACCAGUUUACACGAGAACUGGAAGUGGAGCUGUACGAUUCUGUGACCGGUGCCAUUUGAUCAAGCCAGAUCGCUGCCACCACUGUUCUGUCUGUGCCGUGUGCGUAUUAAAAAUGGACCAUCAUUGCCCUUGGGUUAACAACUGCAUUGGAUUUUCCAACUACAAAUUCUUCCUUCAGUUCUUAGCUUAUUCUGUUCUUUACUGCCUGUACAUUGCUACAACAGUCUUCAGCUAUUUCAUCAAAUACUGGAGAGGGGAAUUGCCCAGUGUUCGCUCUAAGUUCCAUGUCCUCUUUCUCCUCUUUGUGGCCUGCAUGUUUUUUGUCAGCCUUGUGAUUCUCUUUGGUUACCAUUGUUGGCUUGUCAGCAGAAACAAAACCACUUUAGAGGCCUUCUGUACUCCAGUGUUUACAAGUGGCCCAGAGAAAAAUGGGUUCAACCUUGGCUUCAUCAAAAAUAUCCAGCAGGUGUUUGGAGAUAACAAGAAGUUCUGGUUAAUACCUAUUGGGUCGAGCCCUGGUGAUGGACACUCCUUCCCUAUGAGGUCUAUGAAUGAGUCGCAGAACCCAUUGCUAGCAAAUGAAGAGCCCUGGGAAGACAAUGAGGAUGACAACCGAGAUUAUCCAGAAGGUUCAUCAUCUCUUGCCGUGGAAACGGAAACGUAGCUGUUUUCACAUUUCUUGCAUCUCUCAGACAGAACCCUCCAUCUCCCAUGAGGCUUACAGAGUUCAAUGUUGGGAACCAUUCUAAUCUUCAAAAUAAGUCACCAUGGCGGAGUGAAACCUUCACAGUUUGAAAGCAUCCCAUCAAAUACUUGCUGUGCAGAUAGAUGUUUCAGGACUUUACAAGUUAUUUAAUUUACUGACUGAACUCAUCAAUCUGGUAGCAAUUAAUUCAAGCUAGUCUUCCUCUCUUUCUUUAUUUCCCCUCCUCCAAUCUUUGAAAGCCUAAAUGUGUAACAUAUAUAUCUUUCCAGGGCUCUUUCCAUUCCUCUUGUCAGGUAAAGAGGAAUUCAAAAGACUUCCUCAGAGUCUUUAUCUCCCUUGGAAAAACUAUUAAUCAUAUCUAUAGGGUCUUUGUGGUAUUGUGGGAAAUCAAACUAUGUUUGCUGCUUGUGUGCAUGUGCAUUUAUAAGCAUGCAUAUGUGCAGCAUCUUUACACAAAAGUCUACCAUAGUGUUGCGAAAAUCAAGGUUGAAAAACUCUGAUGGUUUUAUUCAAUCGUGCUUUUUCCAUAAAUAGAAAUUUAGAUAUUUGCUGAGCUGUGAACACCAUCCCUAAAUCAGGUACCUAAAAUUCGAAAGGGAGAUUCAAUACACUGUGAUCAAGGUGCUUGAACUGGGAAUUGAACAACAAUGUAAAACCUCUUCUCUGUCAUAGAGGUGUGGUGUUCCUGAAAGCACCACAGCUAACAGAGAAGAUCAGGUCAGAUUGCCACAGUAUUAAAUAUAAUGAUUGUGUUUUAAAGACUUUUAAUGCCAGACUGUGGUAAAAUUCUCCAAUUACUUUUAUUCUUAUCUUUGCUACCUAGCUUUAUUUUAGCCUUUAUGGGUUACUCUAUGAUGAAAGAAAAACUAUAAGCCUAAGUUACAGACCAUAGAUUUUUUUAAAGGGUUUAAUGGUGAUUUUCAGGUUUAAUUACAGUACUGUUCAUAAAGGCGAAGUUUCACAGUUGAAAUUAGCCUAAGGAUUAGCACAAAGGAUCAAUGUUUUCACAGCAGGGGUUAGUGUACAGAUAGUGAUAGCCUAAUAGUAAUGUGGCAAUUCUUUUCUUUUUUUAGCUUCAGUGGCAGCUCAGCCAUUAAGAUAGUUUACAUCCAUUUCCCCAUUUAUUUAUAAUCAGCCGUUCUUUUAGUCCUAGUGCCUGAAUCAGUGAGUAUGGACACUAAUGCUGCUUCUUUAUAAUAAUAAUACCUAAGAGUAUUGAUGGUUUUCAUUUCUCAGCCAGUGCCCAUCUGCUGACAAUAGAAGCCCCAACUCUUACAGAGAUCAGUGAGAGUUAGAGGCAUCUUAGAGAUACCAAGGAGUUGAGCUCCCAGAGGGAUCUUAGGUCUACUAAAUUUUCCCCCCUGAAAGCUUUUUGAGUAAAAAAAGAGUUGCCUGCCACAAACGGUUCAGUCUUAGGGCUCUAGUGGAGCUGAGAAAGUGAGCAAUCCAGUUCCUUAAAGCAACAAAAAACUUGUUCAUUUGGAUUCUCUAGGAAAUUUUGGUCAAGGUAAGACUUUUAGCAUACAUUAAAUGGAUUGUGGCCAGCAUUUCAUUUGAGAGAACACUAGAAAUGACUAAGUCUAUUGGGACCAGGGACUGUUUCUCAAACUCAGACACCAAGAAGCAGGCUAGAAGACUAUGCACACUGGGUUUCACGAUGAAAUUGUAUAUGUUCAGAUAGGAAGAUUUUUCUCCUUCCUCUCUCCCUCCAAAACACUAUCCUAUCUAGGUUUCUCUUGAAAGUUUAUUUGGCCAUCCAUAUGGUCUUAUGAUGGAUAAGCCUUGCCUUCUAUUCAUAUAGAAAUGCACCUUUCUCUAAAGGUAGGGCCAUUACUUACUCCAUAGCCAGUGGGCCUCAAAGCAAUCUUUCCCUUUUCCAUCUAUCAUCUUCUGCCAGAGGUUUAGGCAGAGUAGCUGCUAACUAUGAUUCAAAACCAGGAAGGAAUCAAGAACUUCUUUGAUGCACAGAGUGUAUCAGCAUUCAGCACUCAUAGAAAUCAGGUCAUAAAAGACAGUGUCAGGAAACGGCAGGGAAACACAGGAAGGGUAAAGCUCAGGAGAGCUAUAAUGCAAAGCUGAUUGUUUAAUGUCUUCCAGACUUACACUGUCUUCAAAAGGCCAAAUAAAUCAGGGUUUUACGUGGGGGCUUGGAGAAAUAAAGAAACCUUGUUCCUAUCUG